GCGGGGGAGGAGCGGCCGGACGGCGGCGGCGGCGGCUGGGGAGGGGGCGCGCGGGCGCGAGCGCACAGCUGAUCGGCGGCUCCGGGCAGAGGAAAUGGAAGUCGGGUAGCGGCGGCUGCGGCGCGGCGCGAGCGGGAGCGGGCGCAGACGUCCACUGGCUGCGCUUACACCUUCCGCUUCAGGGAAAAUGGGCCACGUCCCUCGGGGACCCUGCGGUGCUGGCCCGAAGGCCUGACGGUCCCUGGGCUCCGGAGCGCACAGGUGUCCAGAGAGUGCGUCCUGCGCUGGAGACGCCGGGGGCCAGGGCCAGCGCGGGAGCUCAGUGCAGUCCGCGUGGCUAAGGACAGCGCCCUGGGGGCUCUGAGGACGGAGCCCUGGACAUGAGGGCUGCACCCCUGUAAAGUGGCGGUGACGAAAGAAGAGACUCUGCAGGCUGAGGCUCUGGUCCAUGGGGAGAAGGAAGGAGGCAAUUUCUUAAUUGGUACCCCAUACAUCAGAUGGAUGGUUUCUAGCCUGCUUCCAACCCCCACCUCAGCCGAGUGCUGGGCAGCACUUCUGCAUGACCCUAUGACGCUUGAUAUGGACGCAGUCCUGUCAGACUUUGUUCGGUCCACGGGGGCAGAACCUGGUCUGGCCAGAGACCUGCUGGAAGGCAAAAACUGGGACUUAACAGCUGCUCUAAGCGACUAUGAACAGCUCCGACAGGUGCAUACAGCCAACCUGCCGCAUGUGUUCAAUGAAGGGAGGUGCCCCAAGCAGGCUGAGCGGGAGCCACACCAGCCGGGGCACAAGGUGGAGCGGCCCUGCCUGCAAAGGCAGGACGACAUUGCCCAAGAAAAGCGCCUUUCCCGGGGGAUUUCGCACGCCAGCUCAGCCAUCGUCUCCCUGGCCCGGUCCCACGUGGCAAAUGAGUGCAACAGCGAGCAGUUCCCGCUAGAGAUGCCCAUCUACACGUUCCAGCUGCCGGACCUGAGCGUGUACAGCGAGGACUUCCGGAGCUUCAUCGAGCGGGACUUGAUUGAGCAGGCAACCAUGGUGGCUCUGGAACAGGCAGGUCGCCUGAACUGGUGGUCCACGGUGUGCACGAGCUGCAAACGACUACUUCCUCUGGCCACGACGGGGGAUGGGAACUGCCUGCUACAUGCAGCCUCACUGGGAAUGUGGGGUUUUCACGAUCGAGACCUAGUUUUGCGGAAAGCUCUGUACACCAUGAUGAGGACGGGCGCUGAGCGAGAAGCCCUGAAGCGGAGGUGGAGAUGGCAGCAGACACAGCAGAACAAGGAGUCAGGGCUGGUGUACACGGAGGAGGAAUGGGAGCGAGAGUGGACGGAGCUGCUGAAGCUGGCGUCCAGUGAACCACGCACGCACUUCAGCAAGAACGGCGGCACUGGCGGUGGCGUAGACAACUCCGAGGACCCUGUGUACGAGAGCCUGGAAGAGUUCCACGUUUUUGUCUUGGCCCAUAUCCUGAGAAGACCCAUCGUCGUUGUGGCAGACACGAUGCUGAGGGACUCAGGAGGAGAAGCCUUUGCACCCAUCCCCUUCGGAGGCAUCUACCUGCCCUUGGAAGUCCCUCCCAACAGAUGCCACUGCUCGCCUCUGGUCCUCGCCUACGAUCAAGCGCAUUUUUCAGCCCUUGUGAGCAUGGAGCAGAGAGACCAGCAAAGGGAACAAGCUGUGAUCCCCCUGACGGAUUCGGAGCACAAACUGCUGCCCCUGCACUUUGCAGUGGACCCAGGGAAGGACUGGGAGUGGGGGAAGGACGACAACGAUAAUGCCCGGCUGGCCCACCUCAUCCUCUCACUGGAAGCCAAGCUGAACCUCCUGCACAGCUACAUGAAUGUGACAUGGAUCCGGAUUCCCUCAGAGACCCGGGCUCCCCUGGCACAACCAGAGUCCCCAACGGCCUCGGCGGGGGAGGACGUGCAGUCUCUGGCCGACUCUCUGGACUCGGACCGAGACUCGGUGUGCAGCAAUUCCAACAGCAAUAACGGCAAAAACGGCAAGGACAAGGAGAAGGACAAGCAGCGCAAGGAGAAGGACAAAACGCGCGCGGACUCCGUGGCCAACAAGCUGGGCAGCUUCAGCAAGACGCUGGGCAUCAAGCUGAAGAAGAACAUGGGCGGGCUGGGCGGCCUGGUGCACGGCAAGAUGGGCCGCUCCAACUCCGCCAACGGCAAGAACGGCGAGGCGGCGGCGGAGCGCGGCAAGGAGAAGAAGGCCAAGUCCCGCAAGGGCAGCAAGGAGGAGUCGGGCGCGUCGGCCAGCACGUCGCCGUCGGAGAAGACCACGCCGUCGCCCACGGACAAGGCGGCGGGCGCGUCGCCGGCGGAGAAGAGCGGCGGGCCGCGGGGCGACGCCUGGAAGUACAGCACGGACGUCAAGCUGAGCCUCAACAUCCUGCGCGCCGCCAUGCAGGGCGAGCGCAAGUUCAUCUUCGCCGGGCUGCUGCUCACCAGCCACCGGCACCAGUUCCACGAGGAGAUGAUCGGCUACUACCUGACGAGCGCGCAGGAGCGCUUCAGCGCCGAGCAGGAGCAGCGGCGCCGCGACACCGCCCCCGCGCCCGCGCCCGCGCCCGCGCCCGCCGCCUCCGCGGCCAAGCGGCCGCCGCGCAGACCCGAGGCCGAGGGCGCGCCGGGCGCCGAGCGCGCUUCGCCGGGCCCGCAGGCCGCGCAGCCCACGCAGCCCACGCAGCUGGUGCUCAAGCUCAAGGAGCGCCCGAGCCCCGGGGCGGCGGCGGCGGCGGCGGCGGCGGGAGCGCGGGCGGGGCGGGCGGCGGCGGGCGGCUCGGCCUCCCCGGGCCCCGGCGGGGGCGCGCGGCGCGCGGGGGCGAGCGGACCGGGCCCCGGCCGCAGCCCGCCGGGGCGCCAGAGCGUCAUCCACGUGCAGGCGGCGGGCGCGCGGGACGAGGCGUGCGCGCCGGCGGUGGGCGCCCUGCGGCCGUGCGCCACCUACCCGCAGCAGAACCGCUCGCUGUCGUCGCAGAGCUACAGCCCGGCCCGCGCCGCCGCGCUGCGCACGGUGAACACGGUGGAGUCGCUGGCGCGCGCCGUGCCGGGCGCCCUCCCCGGCGUGUCGGGGCCGGCGGGCGCGGCCGAGCACAAGUCGCAGACCUACCCCGACGGCUUCGGCGCGGCGCGCGACGGCCUGGAGUUCGCCGACGCCGACGCGCCCGCCGCGCGCUCGAACGGUGAGUGCGGCCGCGGCGGCCCCGGGCCGGCCCAGCGGCGCUGCGUGCGCGAGAACUGCGCCUUCUACGGGCGCGCGGAGACCGAGCACUUCUGCUCGUGCUGCUACCGCGAGGAGCUGCGGCGGCGGCGCGAGGCGCGCGCGGCCCGGCCCUGAGCGCCUGCCCGGCCCGGGAGUCCUUUUCAUUCUGUCGGUGUCUUUUUUACACGCCCUGGUCCACCGGAAGGCGGCGCCGCCUCUGUCAGUGCCGUGUGUGUUGGUCAAACGUUCCUAAUGGUGCCUGAACCUACACUGACGCCACUCAGGUAGUAGACGGAUAGGAAACAAGUCAUACUGUUGGGAUGGGUGUGCUAGCCUAGCAUCUGCCUCGUACCUGUGGAAACUCAAUAGCCAUUGCAAGAGUAUUUUUGUUCCUCUAUAAGAGAAAUAAAGAGAUUCGCAGCCCUUUGUUUUUAGAA